CUCUCCUUCAAACAAGCGCGCAGACAUGUUUAUUUACACUAGCGAAACAUUACGCUUCACCGGUAAAACAACAACACGGAAAGGAAAGGGAUAGCUAGAUAAGGAUUUCUCCACGGAAAGAAGAUGACAGAUUCGUGGUUGACAGAGUAUGACAGAUGUGUCCAACUUGGACAGGAUAUUAUGCAAAAGAUCAAUGAGAGAAAUAAACACAAUAGAACAAGUAAUCCUUACACCAAGUUGUCAGCUCAGGUCCGUUCUUCAAUGAAACAGUUCUCUGGAGAUUUACAAAGACUAAGAAAUGGUCUCAUCCGUGCCACAUCAUCCUAUCACAUAACACAGCGUGAAGUUGACAGACGCCAGGUGAUGAUAGAUAACCUUACAACUAAAGAAAAACAAAUUGAACAAGCAUUCCGUAAUGAAGCAGGAGAAUCAAGGUAUAACUUAAUGACUGGAGGAUCGGACCCGAAUGAUUCCUGGGGUUUUAAAGAAGAGCCAGAGGACUUGAGAUCAGUGGGAAAUAUGGAAAUAAGGGUUCAGCAGCAACAGAUCAUACAUGCUCAAGACCAAGGACUUGAAGCAUUAUCAGAAGUGAUAUCUAGGCAGAAACACAUGGCAUUGGACAUUGGUAACGAGGUAGACAGUCAAAAUGAAUUAAUUGAUGAUAUAACAGACCAUACAGACAGGACAGGUCAGAGGCUGAUAAAAGAAACACGCCAUAUAAGAAUUGUUGAUAGAAAAUCUGCAACGUGUUGUUACUGGGUGUUUAUUAUACUUCUGUUUGUGGCCAUACUUGUGGUGAUCAUUGUUCCAUAUAAAGGGAAAGGUGCCUAGCUGUCAGUAUACCAGAACAGACAUUAUAUAUACUGUAUAUUUAUAAAUAUGUCAAACUGGCCACAACUCUGAUAGAAGAAAUGGUUCUAUGGUAUGAUUUCAUGAUGAUUUUUAUGCAUGGGAAGAUGAAAUAUGUCAAGUUCAUUUUUGCCAUUUAAAAUUAGUCCAGCAAUGUAUAAAUUUAGUUAGGCAACUGAAUUUAUUUUCAUGGUGUUUAAAGAACGUGAUUAUUGAAUGUUCUUUUUAAAGAAUUGUCAAACUGAUUCACUAACUUGUAUUCAUUUGCUGAAAAUUGUGAUAGAUACAAACUGUAAUAAUACUCAGUGGUACUUCCAUAGAGUAUAUAACUGUCUUUGUUCUUAACAACUGUUUCAUUUUCACUAAAAUAUUUGCAUACAGUCAAGGACCGUGUUAGUAUUAUGUAAACAGCCUACCCAAAUAGAGAAGGAAAAUUGUGUGAGCAUUUUGCUAUAUACCUGUAAUUUUUCAUAUAUGAAUAUGCAGUGCAAGUUGUAAGCUAUUUGAUUUGAGUGUAUGAUCCAGGAUUUUCAUCUUCUGUACAAAAAUCAAUAUGAGGGCUAUGUUAGAACAGCUUCUUCUGUUAAAGUUAUGACCAGUGUGAACAACAAAGAUGUGCAAUGUUAAUCUUACACUUCCACUGAACUUGUUUGGGGAAGAGAACAAACAUAGAAGUGAAUAUUUAUUUGACUUAAAAAACAAGAGAUAAAUAUAAGUUUUUUUAUUCCAUAGCUCUUUAUGCAGCUAAAUUGUAUAUGUGUGGUAAAGUAAAUUUUAUUUAUAUUUGAUUUGUCUAACAUGGUGAAUGAAAUAAUUAAGUUGGUCUUUCAUACAUAUGAACUCUUGGCUUUGUGUGAAGAAAUUGUUUUUCACAAGAUGUGCCAAGAAAAUAGAGAGAUUGAAAAUAUAGGAAUUUAUCACAUGUUUGACGUUGCUGGAGUGAAAUAAAGCCAUUACAUAAAUUUGAUAAUACACUAGUGUAAUAAAGCUUUGACGUCGACAUCGUUUAAAGUAUCAAGAGACGUUGGUCAAAUUGACUUGUUUAUAAUAAUUAAAAAGGUAGAUUUUUUAUGUUUCAGCUGGAAAAGCUAAUAUGUGAUAAAGAGAAUAUUACAUUUGUGACUUUCCACAUUGAAUUUAUUAAACUCUUUUAACAAAAUUGAUAAAAUGCUCAGCAGAGCCUUGCAUUUUAUUAUUUUAUUCAACUUGUUUAAUAAAUUCAGUAUGAAAAGACACUCCUGUAAUAUCCUCUAUCUAUUAAAUGUCUUACUCAUCUCUCUCAUUCUUGUAACUUAUGUUAUAUAUAGAGUCACUAAUUCUGUCUCCCACAUGUAGUCAGGAAGACAUAUUGAUAUAUAAAGUGCUGUCAGCCUGUCUGUCACAAAGUCUAUCCAUGCAACUCCUUCGAUACCACUUGUGGAUUUAUACCAAAUGUCCCAGGAGUGAUCAUUGCCAAGCCUAGUUAUGCAUAUCAUUGGCAUUUUAUGCUUUGAUGAUUUUCAGCGGAGUUAUGGCUCUUGAUUCAUCAAAUUUUUUAUGAUGUUUUGGCCUUUUCUCAUAUUUUUGGGCGGAUUUCCACCAAACAUACCAUGAGUGACCAGAGUCAAGCCUCAUUAUGCACAUUUUUGGCAUUUUCAGGUUUGAUGAUUUUCAGUGGAGUUAUGGCCCUUGAUUCAUAAAAUAUGAUGUUUCAGCCACUUGCCUUUAAUUAUUGGGGGGGGGGGGGGAAUUCCACUAAACCUUUCAGAACUUCUUAGUACCAAGUCUCAUUGUGCAUAUUGCUGGUAUGUUCCUGUUCUGUGAUUUUCAGUGGAGUUAUGGCCCUUGAUUUGCCGUAUUGUCCAGGUAACUGCUCCAAAACCACCUGUUAGAAUUACACCAAACUUUACAAAAAUGAUAAUUACGAAACCUAGUUGUGUAUAUUUUAGGCAUGUCCCAGUUUAAUGUUUUCAGCAGAGUUAUGGCCCUUGAUUCAUCUUUUUUUAUGUUUUAGCCACUUCUCCUGUAUAAUAGGGCAGAUUUCCACUAAACCUUACAGGGGUGAUCAAUGCUGAGUCUUAUUAUGCAUAUUUUUGGCAUGUUCUGGUUCAAUGACUUUCAGGUGAGUUAUGGCCCUUGAUUUGUCAUAUUUUACAUUGCUUGCUGUACAUAAUUAGGCUUAUUUUCACCAGACCUCACAAGUCAUUAGUGUGAAGCGUAGUUGUGCACAUUGUCAUUUUGUUCUUCAGUCAUGAGACUCCUGACCCUUGAUUUAUCAAAUUCUUUGAUCUGUGCUACUUCUCCUAUACAAUUAGUUGGAAUUCCACCAAACUUCACAGGAGUUAACGCUGUGAAGCCUAGUUGUGUAUAUCAUUGGAAUAUUAUGAUUCAGUGAUUUUCCCUUAUGACCCUUAUUUGUGACAUUUUACAAUUAGAAUUUUGGCAUGGUAUGUGGUUGGAGACAAAUUUUUUUCAUGAAAAACAACCUCUAGUUAUAAAAUUAAAUUCUAUAUCUUCUUGUUUAAAUUUUCUCAUCUGUCAGAAGUGCGUCAGAAUCCUGAGAUGAACCUCUGGUAUAUUUCUUUUUUAUAUUUUUUGAGGUGCAUUGAUAAUAACCACCUUGAGAGGUUUCAGCCAGUCAGUGUUUUCCUAUAAUUGACAUUAAGGCGUUGCCUAAGCAAAAUACCUGCUAACAGUUAAUAAAUGAUACGAAAUGGCUGUGGUUGAUAAGAUCCAUUAUUUAGAAAUACAGCACAAUUGAUAAACUUUUUCCUGAUAAUUUGCCAUCAGUAUUGAAAGGGGAAUGGUCACAUUUUUUCAUGGACGAUUUUAAUUGUUUUGCUUAGAUAUGUCAUAAAAUGUUGCUGAUUGGCUGACACCUUCAACCUGCAAUGUAAACAAAUAAAAGAAAUCAAUUAAAUGUGCAAGCAGUUCAACCAUUCCUGAGCAUUUGUUGAACAUUGACUGACAUUUAUGGACAACAUAACCAUUUAUUAGCUAUUUAUAUGUUUUUUUGCUCGAGUAACAUUAAUGCACGUUAGUUUCAUGUUGUAACAUCUGCAGAUUUCUUCGGGAUGCCUUACCUGGCUCGGGAACCAGCCAGUACCUGGAGGUUCUGCAGAUGUUAUAACACAAGAAAACAUGCAUUGUCCUUACAUAAACCGCAUUCAAGCUCUUGCAAAUCCAUGAAAUUUAUCAGCAAUUCUUGGAUGAUUGGCCGAAAGUUCCAACAUAGUUUAUACACAUCUAAACAAACAUCUGUAACAUUCAUCCUUAUAUUCAUAAUCUUUACAGUAGCCUAAUACAAAAAUUUGUGUGUUUUUUCAUGAGUAUCAGAAACUCACAAUAGAUGUCAGACUUGCUAUCCUUACAACAUCUAGAUAGAACAACCAAAAAAACCAACAUGUAUUUAGUUGAAAUUUGCCUUAUAAUAAAAAUACAGUUCCUGAUUUUCACUUUGUCAUACUUUUGAUCAUUGCCAGAUGAAAAAUGAGUUUAAACUAUAACUGAUUUCUUUUUGAAAUUUUGAUUUCUGAGGCUGAAAUAUAUUUUUUAAACAAUGCCAUUUUGAUCAGAGAUGUUAGUCCCUAAUUGAAAUCUGGCGGAAAGUGUCGCCAUUGAUAUUAUUGCAGAGUGUUAUAAUACAUUGAGAUAAACAUUUUCUUCCUUCUUUACAAAACACAUAGUAAAUUGAAGUAUAUGAUAUAGAUAGUGCAUGUGAUCAUUAUUUUGUGCUCUUUUGUAAAUUGUACAUAUAUUCAUAUCUUGACACAAGGAUCAUUGUUAAUCAAAUUUUAUUAAAAUAAAAUACUUUGUUAUAAAUUU